UCCUAACGGUCAUGCGCAGACCGGCACCUCUACAUUCCUUCAUGACGUAUCGGUCACCGGUAAGCCCCGCCCCUUUACAGACCAACAGGCUGCUCAGCCAAUCACAGACCGUCAUCGGGCAUGUUGUGGGCGGGGCUUCAUGUGAGGGUGGGGUCUGAAAACUUUCAGCUUUGUCUGAAGUUUUUCUGGAAACUGGAAACCACUGGGGCAACUGGGAAUACUGGGGAACUUCAGAGCCUUUCGGACUGGAUUUACAUCUGGAAAAGUUUCUCUUUAUCCUCCAGCCGACCCACCGACUCCUCUCCGCUGCUCCGGCCGAACCUCUGGGCUCCGGUGCCGGUCUCAGAGUCCGCCGCAGCCCGCUGCGGUUCCCGGAGGAGAGCGAGACAAAGCGGGGAGCGGGGGAUGGAGGGAGCCGGAUGAAGGAGCGGGGCCUCGGCUUGGCUGUAGACCCGGACUCUCAGCCUCCAUCUUGAAAAGUUUCUCUCCAACAUUUAACUCGUCCUGUGCGGAGGAUUCCCGCCGCUCCCGGACCGCCGUCUGAGCUCCAAUGAGGCGGGCACGACCGGUCCUCCAGGAGCCCAGCUGACCUCCCGGACCGUGGACCCGUAGGACGGACCGAGCCGCUCCGGAGAGGAGGGGACUUCCAGCGGGGAGCCAUGGAGAGCGGCCAGCGGGCGGAGGCAGGCCGGGGCCGCGCCUCCCCCCGCGGGCUGCCGGGGCUGCUGGUUCUGCUGGGCUGCUGCUGGUUCUGCUGGGCCGAGGAGGAAGUUCUGAUGAACACCAAGCUGGAGACGUCGGACCUGCGCUGGACCAAUCACCCUGCAGACGACCAGCAGUGGGAGGAGCUGAGCGGAUUGGACGAGGACUCCAACAGCGUCCGGACCUUCCAGAUCUGCACGCCGUCCAGCCCGGCCUCCUAUUGGCUGCGGACGCGUUGGAUCCCGCGCCGCGCCGCCACCACGCUCUACGUGGAGAUCCGGUUCACCAUGAUGGAGUGCGCGGCAAUGAACCAGCGGCACUGCAAGGAGACCUUUAACCUUUACUACUACCAGGCGGACGCCGACGAGGCCACGCCCACACACCCCGCCUGGAUGGAGAACCCCUACACCAAAGCGGCCGCCGUGGCGGCAGACCACCUGCUGCGGCGCGGCGGUGCCGAGCGGCGCUCCAACCUCAAGCUGCUGCGCCUGGAGGGCCUGAAGGGGGCGGGGCUUUACCUGGCCUUCCAGAGCCAGGGCGCCUGCAUGGCACUGCUCGCCGUCCGCGUCUUCUUCAGGAAGUGCCCGCCGCUGCGCCGCGCCUUCGCCGCCUUCCCCGAGACCGUCCCCCACUCGCUGGUGGAGCAGGCGCGCGGCGUCUGCGUGGAGAAUGCCGUGACGCCGCCCGGCGAGAUGGCCCAGCCUCCCAGCAUGCUCUGCGGCGAGGACGGCCAGUGGGUGGGGCUGCCCACCUCCAGCUGCGCCUGCCGCCCCGGGUACGAAGCCGGAGACGGCGACCUGCGCUGCCGAGCCUGUCCUUCAGGAAACUUCAAGAUGGAACCAGGAAGUGGAGGCUGCACUUCCUGUCCAGACAACAGCAACACCAGGAUCCCAGGCUCCGCCUACUGCCCCUGUCUCCACGGUUACGAUCGGGCCGACUCCGACCCGCCGCACACGGCCUGCACACGCCCGCCGUCGGCCCCCCGCCACCCGGUCAGUCAGCUGAACGACUCCUCGCUCAUCCUGGAGUGGAUGGAGCCGCUGGACCGAGGAGGACGGGGAGACCUGAGCUACCGGCUGGCCUGCUCCUCCUGCAGGGACGCUGGGAAUGCUGGGAACGCUGGGAGCAGUGAGUCUCCUGCUCAGCGAUUGGUCGGCUCCUGCUCGCCCUGUGAUGACAGCGUCCUGUUCCGCCCCUCCCAGACGGGCCUGACCCGACCCCGGGUCACCGUCUGGGGGCUCCGCCCACAGACCAGGUACAUGUUCACCAUCCAAUCGGUGAACGGCGUGUCUGCUGUCAGCCAAUCAGAGCCGGCCUCCGUCAGCAUCAACGUCACCAGCAGCAGAGACGCUCCGCCCCCGGUGUCCAGCCUGAGGAGGGCAGCGGCGUCCGAGUCCAGCUUGUCCCUGACUUGGACCGCUCCGGUUCUGCAGAACCAGCAGCCGGUCCUGGAGUACCAGCUGCGGUUCCGGCCGCUCGCCGACCGCCAAGCCCCCUGGGAGUACCGGUCCAGCCCGUCCUGCUCCCUGGUUCUGUCGGGCCUGCGGCGGGCCACCCGGUACCAGGUCCAGGUCCGGGCCCAGACCCAGGCGGGUUAUGGGUUGUUCAGCGGCGCCGGCAGCUUCAGCACUCUGCCCGACGGUCCGACCCACUCCCAGCUGGUGCUCACCGCCGUCCUCGUCACUGUGGCGACGCUGCUGCUGGUCGCCGCGGCGACGGCCGGAUUCAUCUGCUACAGAAAGCGCCGGCGGCGCCGCCCGUCCCGGACCGAUAAGGCGGGUCAGUACCAGAUGGGACAGGCGAUGAAGGUGUACAUCGACCCGUUUACCUACGAGGAUCCCAACGAGGCGGUCAGAGAGUUCGCCAAGGAGAUCGAUGCUUCCUUCGUAAAGAUCGAGGAAGUGAUCGGCGCCGGUGAGUUUGGUGAGGUGUGCCGCGGCCGGCUGCGUCUCCCCUGCAGGAAGGAGAACUUUGUGGCCAUCAAGACGCUGAAGGGCGGCUACACGGAGCAGCAGAGGCGGGACUUCCUGUCGGAGGCGUCCAUCAUGGGUCAGUUCCAGCAUCCCAACAUCAUCCACCUGGAGGGCGUCAUCACCACUUCCUGUCCCGUCAUGAUCCUCACUGAGUUCAUGGAGAACGGCGCGCUGGACAGCUUCCUGCGGGUGAACGACGGUCAGUUCACCCCCAUCCAGCUGGUGGGGAUGCUGCGCGGCAUCGCUGCAGGGAUGAAGCAUCUGGCCGACAUGAGCUUCGUCCACAGAGACCUGGCGGCUCGAAACAUCCUGGUCAACGCCAACCUGGUCUGCAAGGUGUCGGACUUCGGUCUCAGCCGGUUCCUGACGGAGAACUCGUCCGACCCGACCUACACCAGCUCUCUGGGAGGGAAGAUCCCCAUCAGGUGGACGGCUCCUGAAGCCAUCGCCUACAGGAAGUUCACCUCAGCCAGCGACGUCUGGAGCUACGGCAUCGUCAUGUGGGAAGUGAUGUCAUAUGGAGAGCGGCCAUAUUGGGACAUGAGCAACCAGGAUGUGAUCAACGCCAUCGAGCAGGACUACCGCCUGCCGCCGCCGCCGGACUGCCCCGCCGCGCUCCACAGCCUGAUGCUGGACUGCUGGCAGACGGAGCGAGCCAACCGGCCCAGGUUCUGCCACAUCGUGUCCGGGCUGGACCGGCUGAUCCGGAACCCCGCCUCCCUGAAGGCCACGCCCCCAGAGAUGCCCAGUCCCUCCCAGCCCCUGUUGGACCAGCGCGUCCUGCCGCCGCCGUCAGCCUGCGGUUCCGUGUCCGAGUGGCUCCGGGCCAUCAAGAUGGAGCGGUACCAGCAGAACUUCGUCCAGGCCGGGCUGACCAGCCUGGACGUGGUGUCGCAGCUCAACACAGACGACCUGCUCAGAGUGGGCGUCACCCUCGCCGGCCAUCAGAAGAAGAUCCUCUCCUCCAUCCAGACGCUCAGGAUUCACAAGGCCACGCCCACUCUGCUCUACUGACCAAUCACAGCGCAGCCACCAUCAGCUCGGCUCUGGCGGCGCCGACUGGACCUGGAGACCAAAGUUCUGACCCGAUACAAACCAGACAUCCCAGUGGCGCUGAUAGACUCCGCCCUCCUGCCUGUUCUAGCCAAUCACAGACCUUCUGUUGCCUUAUUGAUUAACUCUCAGGACUAUUGCCAGCCAAUCAGCUCCUCAGGAACACCGGAUCGACUAAUCAGCAGCCAGCAGAGCCAUGAUAGAGAAUAACUGCUUCUCUGAUUGGACGCUGAGAGGAUCUAUCCUUCCUCACAGGUUAAGCCCCGCCCUCUGACUGGGAGCAGGGUUCUGAUUGGUUCUGAGGAGGACGGGAACUCCGGACCUGGAGAGUAAAACCCAGAACUGCUUCAGAACCAGAUGGUGGUCCAAACAGCUGGGGGGGACAGAACCAGGAAAUACAUCAGAGUGAGACCUCUUCACCGUGGAUCUCUGUCAGGAAGGUUCUGGAGGACAUCUGGACCUGCAGCCCGGUUCUGGAACAGAAUAAUAAUAAUGAAUAAUCCAACCAGAACCUCCGGACCAGCUCUGUCCGAGUUUCUGUGGUUCUGGAACAUUUUGGAUCUCAUGAACAGAACCAGCAGCUGACUGGACUCUCAGAUGGUUCUGAUGGGUCCAGAUCCUUCUAAAUGACUGUAAUCCCUCAGAACUGUUGGGAAUGUUCUGACCCAAGCCCGGUCCAACUGUCUGGACCAGAACCAGCCAUUUUUAACAGAACCUUGCAGCAGAAUCUGAAUGUUUUUAUGAUCCCAGAGGAACUGGACCUGCUGCGGGUUCUGGUUCUGGUUCAUGUGAUCAUGUUUGUUAGAACCUCAGAUCAACGUUUUGAUACUGACCCACAUUUAUGUUUUAUAUGAAAAUAAAAGAUGGAAAACGGUU